AAUCUCGUAAGCGACCAAGAUGAGGCCGAUUUUUUGCGGAAACUUUGAGUACGAAACUCGGCAAUCAGACUUGGAGCGCUUGUUCUCCAAGUAUGGAAGAGUCGACCGCGUCGACAUGAAAUCUGGAACAUCUACAAAGGAACCAUCUUCUUCUAUGCAAUAAAAACCUCUAAUGCAAAGGCUGCCUACUUUCCUACCUGCUCUCCUAGUUGCAGAUGGGAACAGUUCCACAUCUCAUUCUCCAUAUCAUCUCAUUCAUUUCUUCAAUGCUAGCAUUGCUAUCCCACCCAAAUGGAAAGGGUGGGGAUGAUUUUGGCAUGCCAUGCUUGCUUCAAUAAUGUUAAGGGAUCUAGGUGUCAGACCAGUUCAUCCUGCCAUACCCACCUUCACUAAUGUUAAGGCGAUCAAUGAGUCCUAUCAUGCCAUGUCUUCCAUUUACUGAUCUCAUGCUGUGAUAUUGCUGAAGCAUGCUUAGCAAUGACUACUCAACUAUCUCCAUGAUCUUAGUUUGCCUCCACUAUUCAUCUUUGCUUUCAUCAGAACCUUCGCAUGUUUGCAGGGUUUGCUUUUGUUUACUUUGAGGAUGAACGUGAUGCUGAAGACGCCAUUCGCAAUCUUGAUAAUAUUACAUUUGGGCAUGACAGGCGCAGGUUGUCAGUUGAAUGGGCCAAGGGUGAACGUGGUAGGCAUCGUGAUGGGAGAGCUGCAAAUCAAAAGCCAACUAAGACCCUUUUUGUGAUAAACUUUGAUCCUGUGCGUACCAAAGUCCAUGACAUAGAAAGACACUUCGAGCCUUAUGGGAAGCUUCUCAAUGUCCGCAUUCGAAGGAACUUUGCAUUUGUGCAAUUUGAGACUCAGGAGGAUGCAACAAAAGCUUUGGAAUGCACCCACAUGAGCAAGGUACUGGAUAGGGUUGUUUCUGUUGAGUAUGCACUGAGGGAUGAUGACGAGAGGGGUGGAAUGCACGAAAGCCCCAGAAGAAAUUAUGGUAGACGUGGAGACAGUCCUUACAGAAGGUCACCUAGUCCAGGAAUUCGAAGGAGCCGUCCAAGUCCUGAUUAUGGGCGUGACAGAAGCCCUGUUUAUGAUAGGUACACUGGCCCAUCACAUGACCGGCGCAGGAGCCCUGAUUAUGGCAGACACCGAAGUAGGUCGCCUGUUCGAAGAUCAAGAACUUGAUGGCUGAGUGUGUAAAUGAGCUCAGUGUUUUAGGCAAUGAAGGAUAUAAGCUUAUACACUAGUGUAGGAGCUACGCUACUGGUUUUGUAUCUUGAAUUGAAUGGUUCUCUUGCUCUGGAUUUUACCUUAUUUAUGUGCAUCUUUUGUAAUUUUGCUUGGUUUUAUCUAUGAAGCUUCUGUUUAUCUUUUUUAGAA